AUGUCUCCACCGUUCCGCGAUCAGGUCGAGGGUCAAAACUCACGGAAGCUGAGCCUCGGAAUUUUGGGAUUGCAACGCCGCCAGCACAGCUGCCGCUCUGCCGUGGCCAGGUUCCGGCGAUCCGAGACAACGUCGAAUCCACAUUCAGCGACCUUGACGAGAAUGCAGAAGCCAACCGACAUUUUCGACUCUCAGCGCGAACUACCUGAGAUUAUUCCAGACAUGGAAACCUGUUUGAGAGCCAUAAUGCAUGCUCGCCAAAUUGCUUUUCGCCUGCUGUCCCGCGGGAGGAACGCAUGCAGACUAUUCAAACGAUCUCGAUCACCUGCUUGGUCCGACUUUGUCUAUGGGAACCUUGGAAGCUGUUCGGCUGACAGAAGCUACCUCGAUCAGUACCAUCCUCACGACCCGAUACUUAUGUGGAUCCAGGAACCGUGA